AUGCGCUCCGGAUGCGCCUUGGGCAUCGCGGACGUCGACGAUAUCAAUAAGGUCACUAUGGAUAACUUGGUUAUCUUCUCCACACUCCAAAAAUGUGGCGCCUCUCCGUGGGUCUGUUCUCACUCAUCCUAUUAUACUCUCUCUAUCAUGCAUACUCAUCGUGGGGUUCCUGUGCAUCUGGCACGCGCAGCUACAACGAUUUCGAGAUCCCAGCGCUUAUGCCGGCUUGCACAGGUGCCAAGUGCAUCUGUGUAUGGUUCUGGUGAGUGCAAUAAUCUCUUGGGACUUUUAUAGCCGACUCCGUCUGACAGCUUUACCCCUCACCGGCUUGCCAACAACGGGACAGCCAACUUUUACAUGACCGCGUUCGACUGCGCAAUCACGAACGUGUCGAACAAUGCAAAGACGAUCGCGCCGAUUUCGGACUCAAGUUCUGCCCCAAGCUCAACACAACAUGCACCCAGAAUCUCCCCUCUGGAGCCAAGCGUCCACGGUACGCAUACAAUACCCCUUCCAACGUCGUCUUCGUGGGGAACGAUGACAGACCGGGAUACCAAGCGAACUGGGGGUUCUCGUUGAGGGUGCUCAGGACGAUAUCUUCUAAGUGUACGGAUCCUCUUCCACGAAUGACAACUAAAGUUCUUCGUCUUCCUCGACGCCGACCUCUUCGAGCUCUUCGGCCUCUCCCACCACCGCAAGUGUCACACCCACUUCAUUCUCAUUGAGCACCGCCACUGCCGAAGCUAUGACGACGACGACGACGACGACGACGAUGACCACCACCACCACCAGCUCUGUCCCCUUGCCGACGGGUCCCGUGGUCAACCUCGCCCGUUCUGCUUCGGCCGACGCAAGCUCUUUCGACGGAUUGACUUUUUUCAGUCCGGACAAGGCCAUCUACGGCAACACCAACGGCGCAGCUACCUGAACGGGUACGAUGGACAUCUUUUCGAUCUUGAGCAGUGCCGCGUCAACGGAGUGGGUCACGUUCGGCCAAGGGCAGGGGGCGUGCUUCUCGCUUACCUGGUCCGACCCGGUCACCUUCAACCAAAUCGUGCUUUACGACCGACCGAACCCACAAGACCGAACCCUCACAGCGACCAUCACUUUUGCGGAUGGCUCUAGCGUCCCCAUCUCGUCGCUCAACAACCAAGGUACCGCGAUGUACUUUAACACGACGACAAUCACGACGACGUUGCUCAAAUUGAACAUCCUACCCGUCUCGGGCGCUACAGCCAACAUCGGUCUCGCCGAGAUCCAAGUCUUCUUCAGGCCCACGAUCCGCUUCAUCAAGAUUUUGACCCCGACACCAAAAUCGUCCAAGCGAUCGGUCGUCGCCUUUGCCCCGGUAGCACCAAGGCACCCCCGCGAUUUUUCGAUGCGCCGAGACACCCUUCAGGAGCGCAUCUUUGAGGAGGCGAGCGGGUCUCGUCUUGCAGCAAGAGAUAUGUUCGCCAACUAG